AUGUCCCUCCACCAGUCACCUGACGCCACGGGCAAUGAAUCCUGGCCGGAAUACUACUAUGACAUAGAAGAGGAAUGCCAGUUUCAGGAGUUGCCCCAUGCCCGUUGGAUCCUGCCCACCCUCUACUCCAUCUUUUUCCUGGUUGGGUUCUUGGGCAAUGUGGUGGUGAUCGCAAUGGUCUCCAAGCGUACCUCACGUCGCUCGGACAUCUUUAUCCUGAACCUUGCCGUCUCCGACCUCCUCUUCGUCUUUACGUUGCCUCUGUGGGCCUCUUCUUCGGCACGCAGUGGAUACUGGCCCUUUGGAGUUUACCUAUGCAAGGCUAGUGGAUUUGUCAUAGCCGUCAACCGCUGCGCCAGCUCCUUUCUCAUGGCCGUCAUGAGCGUGGACCGAUACGUGACCGUGAUAAAGGGAAAGAAGAUGCACCCGCUCCGAACACGGUCCUACAGUCUUGCAGCCUGCUGCACAGUUUGGGCCAUUUCCAUCCUUGUUGGAUGCCCGUCGUUGGUGAGCAGAGAUCUUGAUAGCAACAAUUUUGCCUGCGUGGACUCCUAUCAGUGGUUGUUCACUAUACAAUACAAAAUGGUGCUUACCUUCCUCACCUUUGUCCUUCCUUUUGCUGUCGUCCUUUUCUGCUAUUGCAGUAUGGCCAAGUACCUGUGGAACUACUUUGGCAAGCAAGUGAGGGCGAUGACGAGUACAGGGAAGCCCCAGCGUGGGCACAGCUGGCUCCGUAUUGUGUUAUGUGUGGUUGGGGCUUUUUGCUUGUCUUGGCUUCCUUUUAAUGCUCUUAACACCGUCUUAGUGAUCCACAAUCUACUCGAGACUAACAUGACCUGCUCCACAGAGGUAUUCAUAGGCCAAGCCUUGAGUGUCGCGGCCGCUCUUGCCUUUGCCAACAGUUGCUCCAACCCACUCAUCUACGCCCUUCUGGACUCAGGAUUCAGGCGUCGGGCUCGACGGUGUUUGCCAGGGCUGUUCCUCACUUGUUGUUCAGCUUUGCACAUCCCAACCUGGACUGUGCCAAUCACUAUCACGAGUAUGGAGAGUACAACACCUACACUGACAACCGAUGAUCAUGCCAGCCAACCAAGAGUUUGGAAUCGCUUAAUGCAAACCGUCCUGAGAAAGAUCUGCAGACAACAACCUGGCACAUAGGUUUCGAGCGGACAUACAAGAGAACUGCAUGGGCCAAGUGCCCAGGUCUUGCCAGAUUCGGACACUGUUUCCCAAACUGGACACAGCGAUGACCCCUGGUGGUGAGAUCAUAACUGGACUAUACUGGAAAUGGCUUCAUUGGACUGUGCAUAGUUAUAUUUGCUAGCCUGGGUUCUUUGCACAUAGAUGUAACAUAGAAAUAUCAGACACAAGAUUGCAUUGCGAUGAUAUAUGCAAAUCUAAAAUAUUACAUUUACACAUGUCCAGGACGCUGAGAUAUGAGGAGCUGUUUGAUGUUGCCUUCCCCUUUUAGUGCUGUUUUAUUUCUCCAUAUGUACUUUUUGGACCCCCCCCAAUGACCACACGUUGCUGCUCAUCAUAGGCGACACAUUGCUCAAGCAGCUCUAUAGUCUGAGAAGCCCAGCAAAC